AUGUUAGGUGUAAGUUUGUUGCAGUCUUUUUUAAAAGAAGUAGUAUUAUAGUAACUUAAAUUACUUAAUAACUAUGUUUAGCUCCGUGGGAGAUAUGAAAGUUCUAAUAAUGUAACAAAUUAUCCGUCUUGGUAUGUAACAGGACGAGCUUUUGAUUUAAUUUUAUCUCCUGGUCAACUAAACAAUAAAACAGUAAGUGCAGUUUAGGGUGAGGGGGGGGUGGGGUGUGGGAACACCGAGCAAAUUUUUCAAUCUCCGUCUAUCACUAUUAUGGGGCUCAUCCUGAAGAACUCCCCACCCCCCCCAUUUCGUUUCACACCCCUAACCGCUAGUUCGCACCCCCAGUGAAACCCCCAAUCCAACUCCAGGCUAAUCCUACUUGGUAGGGGGCUAUUCUGGAUGAGCGCCAAAAUUCCUCUUUACCGAAAUUCCAGCGAACAAAUUUUUAAUCGUCAAGCAAUUCAUUAUACAGGAGUUCCACUGUAUCUGUUUUGUUUUUAAAACAUUUAUUUGAUUUUUUUAUUUUAUAUUACUCGUUUAGGACACAAUAUUGCCUUUAGAAACAUUCCUCACUGGAGAAUUACCGUCUUGUUCAUUAUUGCAAAUUGAUAAGCACAACUAUAACAACUACACUAUUUCUGUAAAAUUUUUGUAUGCCCCUAAUAAUACAGCUAUCAACAUUAUAAUGAAAAAUAUUAAGGUAAAAUUUAUAAAUUUUUUAUUUCUAGUACUUUUAUUAUUCAAUCAAUAAUAUAUUACUGUUUAGCUUCGCUUCUUAUAUUUUUUAGGUAUGUAUACUUUUAAAAUAAAUACAAUUUAAGGAUCCAGAAAAUGUUAAAGUAGUUUUAAAGCGGUACAAUUUUAGAGAAGGUACACAUCUAAAAACUUAAUUGAGAUGUUAAAGGACAUACCCGACGUUGAUCCACAAAUUUUUGGAAAUUUAACAUUGAACGUAAAAUGUGAAGUGAUAGGUAUCUUUUAGAUUUGCUAGCUUUUAUCGGUUCAUUUCAUGAAACGCUACUACUUAAUAUAAACUACAUUUUUAUCAAAUAUUUAAUAGUAGUCUUCUAGGUUUUUCUUCUGAAAAAAAGUUAGAAUCGGAUCUCUCAAUUUCCUUCCAACACCAAUGUAACAAUUCGUUGUUAGCUGGCAUUGUAUUCAAUAAUUCGAUGUUAUUUGACGAUUUAACUGACCUAUCAACUAUUCAAUACAAAAUUAGACUUGCUAAUACUAAGCGACGUUUUCGUGAUUUUGCACAAUCUAUUCAACCAUGGGACACAACGCAGCUGUUUUCAAUACUAGCAUUUUCUGGACCGCUUGAUCGUAGUUACAUGACAGGAGGAAAUCCAGGAUAUUGGGCUGAAGGAUUUUUAACAAUUCAGCAUGCUUUACAUUUGAGUAUAAUGGACUAUUUUGAAAAUGUGGAAGGAAAUGUUACUAACGACAUUUUACGAGGCCGUGUGUUAAAGGUAAGAAAACUGUUUACAAAGCAAGUACUCAAACAUGCCUCGCUUAGAACCAGCUCAGAAUUUUUAUAUGAAUUCUUUGUAACACCAAUAGCACCAAUAGAUACGCUUAAAAUUUAAAAUUGUAGGUUCAUUUAAAGGUUUUAUACUAGUGUAACAAAGAAAAAGUCGAUAACUCAAAAAAAUAACAAUGAUAUAAGCUUGAAACUCAAUGCCAAUUGGCGGAAAAUUUUUAACUUAGUGUUUUAAUCUCCGUUUUCUCGAUAUUUUCUGGAAAGCGCCAUUCAGUACUUUGUUGAACCUCAUGUAUUUCAUAAUCUUUCUGUAUAAAAAGUUUGAAGUCAAUGAGAGCGGGGCAGGUCGGGUACUUUCAUUGUUAGUUGCAACCUGUAGAUAAGACCUUUCACUUAUGUUAUAUAUUAAGAAAAAAACAUUGUUAAUAUCAACAAUAUCUUAAAACUUUUUAAAUAAUACGUUGUGCUAUUAGAUAUAAAAGCCAUCUAUUAAACGUUGUUUUAGCUUAAGAGAUUCCCGUUUCCUCCGUACUCACGGAAAAUUAUUGAACUUGGAGUAUUAUUUUUGCCUACUGUGUUUGCAUUUUCUUUUAUGACCAGUGUGGUUUAUAUUGUUCGAAACGUGGUGAUGGAGAAGGAAAAUCGGUUAAAAGUCCGUUUUUAGUAUUUUUUAGUAGAUUUGUUGAAUAAUUAUUUUUUGUAAUAUAUGCACAAAGAUUGCAUGGAAUAACAGUUACGUUUAAUCAAUUUUUAAAUUAUUUUUCAAUUUUAGUUUGUUAUUUUUUAUAUUAUUUUUUAUUCGUUUUGCAAAACGAAAACUUAAUCCUAGGAAUACAUGAAAGUAAUGGGAAUGCAUUCAUGGGUCGACUGGGCAGCCCAUUUUUUUGGCAAUUAUUGUAAGAUGAUGAUUACUGUUGGAACAAUAACUAUUCUUAUGCAUUAUAUUACCGAAAACACAAAUGUUCUUAUUAUAUUGAUCUUUGUUGCUUUGUAUGCGUUUACUGCGACUUACUUUGCUUUAAUGGUUUCCACAUUUGCAAAUUCAGGUAAUUUUUUACAUUAAAAAAUUUUUUAAAUUUUGAUGAAAUUGUCUAUUUGUCAUCAUUUUGUGUUUAUGGUCAAAAUAUAUAAAUUUGCGUAUUUUAAACAACUAUUCAAUUAGCACUGAGUUUAAAUAACACAAAGCUACAAGUUUUAGGUACUGCAGGUAUCUUAAUGGCAGUAGUAGGUUGGAUAAUAUUGUUUUUUUGGUCGUCUUUUUUUUCUUCGAUUGAUAUACAACGUCCGCAUACUUAUGCAGUAAAGCUAAUCAAUUGCUUAAACCCCAACAUAGCUCUCUACCUGGGAUUGCAACUGAUUGCUCAAUACGAAACACAAGGUUCGAUUAAAAGCUUUUUCAAUCCUGAAAUUCUUGUCAAAUAUUUUACCAGAAGUACAUGAAAAUUACGGAAAAUUGAAUUCAUUUUUAAAUAUUAAAUAAUUUGCAGCACAUGGCAUGCAAUGGUUGCAUAUAAAUCUACCUUCUUCGCCUGAUCAAGAAUUAACGAUGUUACAAAUUUUGCUCGUAUUACUUUUAGAUGGUUGCAUUUUUAUAGUUAUCACAUGGUACGUGGAAGCGGUAAAUCCAAAAUCUGAAGGAAUAACACAAAAGUUUUAUUUUUUCGUAUUAGUAAGUUGAGCUUAAAGUAUACAUUAAAACAUUUUUAAAUAAAUAUAACGUUAGUAUUUUUUAUAAUGUCGUUUCUAGCAAAUCAAAAUUUAUAAUUUCUUUUUUCAUUUAUGACUAACUUAAUGCCUUGUCUUACUGCUUUUUUUAACUGUUUUAUUUUCCAAUUUCUUCAACAUAAGUACAACAGUUAUUUUGAGUUUGUCAUUUUUAGCCGUCAUAUUGGUUUCCAUCAUGGAGUAAAUCUGUCAAGCCGCAUAAUUAUUUACACGAUGCUUGUGACAACGCUAACAUGGAAAAUGAACCGUCUCUUAGUCCUGCAAUAAGAAUUUGCGGUUUAACUAAGCUAUAUAAUUCUAGAAAAUGCGGGAUUUUUAAUAACAGUGUUUGUUUAUUUUAAAUAUUAUGUUUUGUUUUUUAAAAUAUUAAAAGUAAUUGACAAAAAGUAUUUGAAGGACUAUAUUGGCAAGAUACUUUUAGGAAAAAAAGGUAGCUGUUGAUAAAUUGACGCUCAACAUUUUUAAUGGCCAAAUUACUGCGCUAUUAGGACACAAUGGCGCUGGGAAAUCAACGACAUUUUCAUUACUAUGUGGAAUAUUAGACAGUACAUCAGGAACUGCUUAUAUAAAUAACAAAGACGUGCGGACAAAAAUGACAAUUAUUCGGAAAGAAUUAGGUUUCUGUCCACAGUACAACACGUUAGUUGAACAAAUGACUGUUAUGGAACAUUUGAAGUUUUUUUGUAAACUAAAAGACCGGACAUGGAACAUCGUAGAAGCGAUACAACUGUUAAAACAAUUAAAAUUAGAAACUAAAGCAAACAAUUUUGCUGGAAGUUUGUCUGGAGGUCAAAAGAGGAAAUUAAGUUUGUGUAUUGCUUUGAUUGGAGGUUCAGAAGUUAGUUUUAUGUUUUGCCAUGCUAAAACUCAAGUUAUGAAUUUACAAAGCUUUGCAGACUUCUAGUCAUUCAAAUUCUUUUAUUUAUGUUACACAAAAGAAAACAUAAAAAAGCAAAUAUUCAUGUUCUUACGAUUUAGAUCAUAUUGUUAGACGAGCCAACUUCUGGCAUGGACCCUAGUGCGCGGCAUGAAGCGUGGACUUUGCUUCAAAGAGAAAAGAAAAACCGUACAAUACUAUUUACAACACACUAUAUGGAAGAAGCAGACUUGCUUGGUGAUCGUAUUGCAAUUAUGGCAAACGGAAAAUUACAAUGUUGUGGGUCUAGUUUGUAUCUUAAGAAUCGCUACGGAACUGGUUACCGCGUAGUGUUAGUACUGAAUCCAAAAUCUAGCCGCGACAAUAUAGAAAAGUUGAAAGAUUUUUUGACAAGGUUGAGUGACAAGAUUACUAUUCAAUCCGUUGUUGGCAACGAACUGACAUUUUCGAUUCCACCUGAUGAGAAAUCAAGGUGAAUAAAUGUUUUGCGUUUUGAGAAGUUCCUUUAAUUCUAACAAUAAAACUAUAACAUAAAUCAAUAUUACUCCCUUUUUUUAAAUAAUGGCUACUUAUUUUUGUAAUUUUGCUUUUAAAAAACUUUUUGUUGUCACCUUUCCCUAAAUAAAAUUUUUUAGGUUCUCUUAUAUUUUUGUCAAAUUAGAAGAAAAGCAAUCAGUGUUGAAUGUCGAGUCGUUUGGCGUAUCUGCAACGACCAUGGAAGAAGUGUUUUUAAAGUGAGUUUAAAUCUUACUAUGCAUACUUCAAUUUUUUCAGUUAUUUUCUUAAUUCUAUCUGCACGUUUUUAGAGUCAACAACAUUGCGGAAAGCGAGAGUGGGAUUGUUACAGUUGAUAACGCGCAGGUUCUAAGCAGUUUAAACAAAUUAAGAGGUUUGUCCAUUUAUUUUUUUUUGAUAUUUUUGCCUAUUUUCUUUAAAUAACGUUUAAUGCUUUAGAGUGUCAAAAUGUAGAUUUCUUAAAUGGAACAGAACUUUACAUUCACCAAUCAAAAGCUCUCGUAAUAUCCAAGCUUUUAUAUUAUCAAGCUCAGCUAAAACAAGUGUUGGUUCAAAUUGUUGUACCUGUCCUUUACAUGGCGUUAUUUGUUUGGACAGCAACAACAUUUCCUGAUGCGCAAGAUCAAGUUCCAUUAAUUAUUGACUACAAGAAUUACGAUACUGUGGACCCUGCAAAUAUUUAUGUUAACUCAUUGGACGAGCAUUUACCACAGUAAGAAAAAGUUUCAAAAAAAUUUGCUAACAUAAUAUAACCCUUGAAUUAUAUACUUUUCGUUUUUACUUCAGACGAAAACCUUAAAUUCUUGUCCACGAAAAAAAUCUCAUAGUUUUAUGUGAUCCCUUUUUUUGUUUGAUUGCCGUCGGCAUUAGAGAAAAACUAGAGAUCUCACAAAAUUAUGAGAGAUUUUCGUGGACAAGAAUUUAAGGUUUUCGUCCAAGGUAAAAAUGGAAAGUAUAUAAUUCAAGGGUUAUAUAAAACAGAUAGGGUAGCCCCAGACUUUUUUUAAUUAUGGUGUGCACAUAACUUGAAGUUCUAAAAAUUUUAAAAACAUGAUGAUUUUGUAACAUGUAUUAUUCUACAUUUUUUGUUUAACUUUUUUAUUAUAACACGUAAUUGUUGAAAAAUGUUUAGGUAUGCAAGCAGUGUUGUUAGCCAGUGGAAUCCGUAUACUGUAAAGAAGAUAAGUUAUGUCGCAAAUAAUUUGACAAUGGCUAACAUGACAACAAUUUUAACAAAUAAAUGUAAAAAUGUAAGAGUUAAAACUAUCAUUAUGUAG